CCGCAUUAAAAACUACACAGUGCACAGCUGCACAUCCGCAUACACAGCACUCACACGAAAUGAACACAGAGCACGCGACCGAGGAAAGAGUUCAGAUAGAGGCGAUACCAACUGCUGUGUCUAACAUUGUGGCACAAUCAACUUCAGGCGCUACAACCAUGACAGAUGGCGAACGGCAGUCAACAAACAAGGCUUUAAUAUACGGCAAUCGAUCUUUGCCAGCUGAGACCUUAUCUCCAUCAGAGCAGGAACCGGCAGAGUCCACAGACAUAGUUCAUCAUCAGAUCGAGGAUGAUGAGCAGCUUACAAGGCCUCUCGUCCUGCCUUCCUCUGCUGCAUCGCCGUCACCAUCAUCGCCGCCAUCCUCGUCGCCAUCACCGUCUGUAUCGGUAUCCGCAACCAACUUGCUAGGAACUACUCGAUCGCAGUAUUACCAAGAGUACGAGGCCCAUCUACAUCAGCACCGACGACGACGCGCCUCUCGUCCCGUUUCUACGCAGCCAUUUUCAUCUGGCGUCGUUCCUGCUUCAUUUUCGUCCAUCAGCCCAUAUCCACAAGACACCAGCCUCGAUAGCUGCUCUUCCUCUUCAGGAACACAUCCUCAACGUGUCUCUUUGCCAGGAACACAACACACGCAACAGCAAUAUCCUCACACUCUGAGAUCCCGUGCACAGUCCUUUACAAAAGACGCUCCCCUCGUCCCUCCUUCUUCCUCUGGCACCAACACCUCCGGUUCACAAUGCUCCCAACUGAUACCAUAUUUUUCAGAGGCAACAACGACAGCAAUAACAGGCCAUUUGUCUACCAGCGAAAUGAAUCCGUAUACGGCUCAGGGAGACGUUGGCCCUGGCAGCGAAAUCAACGACCGCGAGGACAUGGAUCGACGACAUCCUAGGCUCACGAUCGACGAUGGUGCACAGCACAGCCGAUCGUCUCAUCCAGACUCCACACAGGAUUCCCUAUCCAAACGAUAUCCUAUCGGUCGGCCACUUUCAACAUUCGGUGCCCAUUCAUUACCCUCGCUUGCCCCCAAGCGACACACCGCGUCAGGCGAGAGUGUCCCAGAGCAUAGCCCAGGCUCUUCUACUAUAUCCAAUGAAGGCGCGAGCACAAGUCUACGGGGAGACGGUAUGAUUGGUUCAUCCUCCGGCGCAGCAACAACAUCAUCUCCGGCGGCGACGGUUGCAACAACGUCGACUUUGAAAACGCAUUCGACCCGUGGAGCGCUCAAGGGUCCGCUUCCUAUUGAUGUUCAGAUUGAGUUAUUGUCAAACGUUCUUAAGCACGAUCCGUUCAACUGUCCCAUACGAAGGACGACGCAAGUCUGGGAGCGUAUCGCGAAAGAACAUGGCAUACGCGCAAGGACAUGUGCCCGUCGCUAUGACAACAUUAUCCAGGCCAGCAUCGCAGGUCGAGAACGGCCUGUGGGGACGGAGAAGCAGAUCGAGACCAAAAAGAAGCUGCUGGAACAGCUCUUUGUGAUGAUGAAUCAACCCCAGGCUCUACUGAGAAUGCAAAAGAAACGCCGGUAUCGAUCUGAGGAAGCCGACAGGAGAUUGCUGCUGGAAACCAUUAGAUUGAACCCGUUUGCACAGAAAGUGGGUCAGGUCGUCAAGACUUGGGAAGACGUCCGGGACGCAGUCGGGAUGAAGGUCCAUUCUCGGCAGUGUAUCAGGAGGGUCAACCGCAUGAUCAAGCCGUACCAGAUUCGGGAACGCAUGUACAAGGGCAAUAUCCCAGAGGAGAUGAGAGAGGUCAACGACGAGCUGGUAAAGCAAGUCAUCCAGCUGAUGUAUCUAGGUGGCCAUGCUGCUUCUUUAGAUGAGGAUGGAGGCCAGUCGAACGACGAGGACAGCUUAUCAGGCGUAACGGAUUCAGAGGAUCAGGGCGAUGAUUAUACGGUUGCAGGGGCACAGAAGCGGAAUUCAUCCCAGGACUCUGACGAGCUCGAAGAGAAUAACGACGGGGAUAGGACGAUUCCGGGGAAAAUAGGUUCAUUGCGCGCUACCAAACAGAAGUUUGAUGUUGGUAUGAGCAUGGAUACCAUGGAUACCACUAAUUCUCCAAGCUCGUCCUCUUUUGCGGCCACUGCUCAAUCUCCUUCGACACUGUCGUCGACACUGUCAUCGACACUAGCAUUUUCCGAGCCGUCUUCAGUACCAUCAUCAGGGCACGCUACGCCGUCACGGCGAAAUCAUUUAUGCAACGCGAGCUAUGGAUCCAUGGACAGGAAGAGAAGUGCGACGGAGACCAGUGCCGCACGAACGCUGGAAGAGGAGUUCCGGCCUCAGCGCAUCUGGGGUUCACAUCCAUAUACGAAGGAGACACUGUCUCGCUCGACGUCUGGAUCGCAUUCGCGAAAGAGUCGGUCAUCAGCUCGCGCUUCCUCGGCAGAAAAGAGGGAUGACAGUUAUAUGCAGCAUGCCACCGUUCGGACUGAACUCGCCCAGAGUCCAGCUUCUGACACAUCCUACCGUCCAAGCCUGUCUUCGCCUACUUCGGCCAUGUCGUCCUCGAUGGUCGCAGGACAGGAAUAUCUCGGAUACAUGGAGGGAACUCAGACGCCCAUGUCAUUUGAGCAAACAGCACAGAUUUAUCAAACGAUCUUGAGCGAGUUCCGAGUGGUCAAAGAAUACCUGGUUCGCAUGGAUGAUCAACGGCAAAGGGACAAAGAUAAUCAAAAGACGAUGUACCGUAUGAUCGAGAGACUGCAGUACCAGAUGGAAGGCCAACAGGGGAUGAUUCAGGAUCUGCAGAAUCAGAUGCAGCAUAAAGGUUCUCAGCUGCCAUAUCGUUAUGACUCGUCUUCGCCUUCGCUGCAGUAUCGUGAUCAAUCGCCUUCGCAGCAAAGUCAAUAUCUUCGUGGAGAGCGUUCUUUGCCUGUUGCGGAGCCUUGGGGCCAUGAAAAGUUGAGAGUUGUUGGAGAACUAUCAGCGCAGGACAGGAUGCCUUUGGUCUCCAUGGUCUUGUGUGAACAGCAGGACCAGUGCAACACGGAAAUGGCGAGUCGAUAUGAGUCUAAAGAGAACGAGGAGAACAACGCGUCUGUUCACUGAGGCGCACCUCCCAGGUCGCCGCGAUAAAGUAGGACUUUGCAUUACUCCAGUACUGCCGUCAUUUCUC